AUGCGCAUCCUCCUCGCCCUCGGCGCCAUCCUCGGCAUCCUAACCACCUUGAUGUACACGCUAGACUCACACCUAGAGAAAUUCUACAUCUUCACACCCUCCGGCCUACACGCCCUCUCCCAAGAAGCCAUUUCCCUCCACGGCAACGACACAGCAUCCGUCGUCUCCCACAUCGUCACUUCCCUCUCCGCCCUCCACGGCCCCCACAUCAACCUCGACGAAGAAUGGAUCUUCAACAACGCCGGCGGCGCCAUGGGCGCCAUGUACAUUAUCCACGCCUCCAUUACUGAGUAUCUGAUUAUUUUUGGUACCGCGAUUGGGACGGAGGGGCAUACGGGUCGGCAUACCGCGGAUGACUACUUUCAUAUUCUCAAGGGCGAGCAGCUGGCUUAUGCGCCUGGGAAGGGGGUGUAUGGGGCGGAGAGGUAUCCGCAGGGGAGUGUGCAUCAUCUUACUAGGGGCGAUGUUAAGCAGUAUAAGAUGGAGGGGGAGUGCUUUGCGUUGGAGUAUGCGAGGGGGUGGAUUCCGCCGAUGCUUGGGUUUGGGUAUGCUGAUACCUUUUCGAGUACGUUGGAUUUCCCAACAUUGUGGAGGACUACUGUGGUUACUGGGCGGGAGAUGAUCGGAAACCUGAUGAUGGGCAAGUUGUGA